CUUCCCAAAACUUUUCAUGGCCUGAACACUGUUGAGAUUCAAGAAGAGAGGGAGAGACUGAGAGAGUUUCUCUUCUUCUUCAAACUUCAAUAGAGGAAACUCACACUUCACAAAAAUUUUCCCACUCUUUCCCUCAGUUUCCCUCACUUCCCCACGCUGUCUCGCUAUCCAAACAUGGACAUAACAACCAAUCUCCACGGCCUCGACAUCCGGUCCUCCUUUUUAACUACCUUCCAGCCCCGUCUUCGGCCAUUUUACGCGGCGAAACCCUCUGCACCACUCAAUUUGCUCCCAAAACAACAAAGACUCAAAAUCACCGCCCAAGUCUCCACAACCAUGCUCGAAAAAUCGCCUGCUGAGACCGCCGAAAACGACAUCGAAUCGUUGUUCUCAAAGGACUCCGAUGACAACAAUUUUGACUACAAGAAGCGCGGAAACGGGAAACAAUCAAACGGCGCGUCGAGCGUGUCGUCCGGAGUGAAGCUGGAGAAUAUAAGCAAGAGUUAUAAGGGCGUGACUGUGUUAAAAAACGUAACUUGGGAGGUUAAGAAGGGGGAAAAAGUCGGGUUAGUGGGUGUAAAUGGGGCGGGGAAGACGACCCAGAUGAGGAUAAUUACGGGUCAAGAAGAACCCGAUUCGGGGGAUGUGGUGAGGGCGAAAAGUAAUAUGAAAAUCGCGUUUUUGAGCCAAGAAUUUGAGGUUUCGAUGACUAGAACGGUGAGGGAAGAGUUUAUGAGUGCGUUUAAGGAGGAGAUGGAGAUUGCCGGGCGGUUGGAGAGGGUGCAGAAGGCCAUGGAGGGGGCGGUGGAGGAUAUGGAGUUGAUGGGGAGGCUGUUGGAUGAGUUUGACUUGCUGCAAAGAAGAGCCGGGGAUGCGGACUUGAGUGUGUUGGAUUCGAAAGUGAGUAAGUUGAUGCCGGAGUUGGGGUUUGCCCCGGAGGAUGGAGAUAGGUUGGUUGCUUCGUUUAGUAGUGGGUGGCAAAUGAGAAUGUCGCUUGGGAAGAUUUUGUUGCAGGAUCCAGAUUUGUUACUUUUGGAUGAGCCUACAAAUCACCUUGAUCUUGACACGAUAGAGUGGCUUGAAGGUUACCUCAGCAAGCAAGAUGUGCCAAUGGUUAUCAUAUCUCAUGACAGGGCUUUUCUUGAUCAGCUUUGUACGAAAAUUGUGGAAACUGAAAUGGGUGUGGCCAGGACUUAUGAGGGAAAUUAUUCUCAGUACGUCAUAGAAAAGGCGGCAUCAAUUGAAGCUCAGUAUGCUGCUUGGGAGAAGCAGCAGAAGGAAAUUGAGCAGACAAAAGACUUAAUAAGCAGGUUAGGUGCAGGGGCGAAUUCUGGACGUGCUUCUUCUGCUGAGAAGAAGCUGGAGAGGCUUCUAGAAGAGGACCAAAUUGAGAAGCCAUUCCAACGGAAACAAAUGAAAAUUAGGUUCCCAGAGCGAGGAAGAAGUGGAAGAUCUGUUGUCACAAUUAAGAAUCUGGAAUUUGGCUAUGAGGAUAAAAUGCUGUUUAACAGGGCAAAUCUCACAAUUGAAAGGGGAGAGAAAAUUGCCAUUAUAGGCCCAAAUGGUUGUGGUAAAAGUACUUUGCUGAAACUGAUAAUGGGUUUAGAGAAGCCAAGUGGAGGUCAAGUUAUUCUUGGAGAACAUAAUGUCCUACCAAACUAUUUUGAGCAGAAUCAGGCUGAGGCACUUGAUUUGGAUAAAACAGUGCUUGAGACAGUAGCAGAAGUAGCUGAGGACUGGAGAAUUGAUGAUAUAAAGGGACUUCUUGGCCGUUGUAAUUUCAAAGCUGAUAUGCUUGACAGAAAGGUUUCCCUUUUGAGUGGUGGUGAGAAGGCUCGCCUUGCUUUUUGCAAAUUCAUGGUAAAACCGUCAACUCUUCUCGUUUUGGAUGAACCAACUAAUCACUUGGAUAUACCUUCAAAAGAGAUGCUCGAGGAGGCAAUAGCGGAGUAUACGGGCACGGUCAUCACAGUUUCUCAUGAUCGAUACUUCAUAAAGCAAAUAGUUAAUAGAGUAGUGGAAGUUAAAGACUGCAAUUUACAGGAUUAUGCCGGUGACUACAACUAUUAUCUAGAGAAGAACCUCGAGGCCAGGGAAAGGGAGCUUGAACGAGAGGCAGAGCUCGAGGACAAGGCUCCUAAAGUUAAGGCCAAAUCGAAGAUGUCAAAGGCCGAGAAGGAAGCAAGGAAGAAACAGAAAAUGAAGGCCUUCCAGGCGGCGAAACAAAAAUCAAAAGGACAGAAGAAUGCUAAGAGAUGGAACUGAAUGUUAUUUUGUUUUUUUCCUGCUUCCAAUACAUUUACCAAAGAUCAUCAAUCAUUGUUAAAGGUACUUCGACUGCAGAAUCGUAGGAGACAAUGUGGCCGAUAAUGAUCAAGUAGCCAUUCUUGUGUAUAUAACAUAAAUAGGCAUACUGAUUUUAGUACAAAAUCAAAGGGUGAAAGGGGAAAUGUUGUAACCGGAAAUUUGUGCCUUGAGAAGAUGUUGUAUCCGAAGGCAUAAACGCGAGUUCCUGAGUUUCAGGAAUGUGUAAGUAAGAAUUUAUGUUCUAUUUAUUCAAGUAACCACUUUGAACCC